UUUAUCCUGUACAUAGCAUCCCGUUUCCAUUUUUUGGGAUUACCUGACUACGGCCUCCCUACAGUUCCUAUUACUAUGAUGGUUGUCGGAGGCCAUUAGCUUCCACUCGGGUCGAUGUUUUUUGGGAUAAUUUGUUCGAAUAGAUAGACGACACUAUUCAGUAGAUAAUGGACCCGAGUCUCAAGAGACAUAUCAGCUACGUCUUUGUCCCUUUCCUGUUCAUGUCCAUAUGCAAGCGUCUAGAGCUCAGUGUGACACCUCGUGCUCUUUCUCCAAUGCGAGUUAGCAUCACAACUUUGAACGGGGAUGACACUGAAGACCAAACAUUGGGGGUUUGUCGUGGAAAGCAUUGGCUUCUUGCAACAAGGCACAACAAUUUUCAGAUUAACGAGGUUGAAUUAAAGUUGUCAUCUACUGAAGGUUUUGUGUGAAGACCAUACAUCCGCUGUGUUCGGCAUGCCAUGCCGUUUUGUGUUGGCAUUAAUGUUCCUGAGGACGAUGACCAACAAGGCGUUGUGGAGAUGACACAUCCCGUCUCAGGCAUGGUGCGCCUCAUCCUGUGGCCUGGUGUGAUCGCGUACAUAGAUCGUAUUAGUAAAGCUCAAGUCACAGCCUAUCGCCCUGAUCUGCGCCAGUUUGGGUAUGAUAAUCUCGGUGGCCAAUUUCUACGUUCCACGGGUGAAGAUAUCUUCUAGACCCGUCAACAUUGCCUAGCCUUCCCUAGGACUUCCCGAUUUCCAAUCGUGGGAUACAUGAGGGUCCCGAGCUGCAAGUCCCAUCAAUUUGCCUACCUUUGUGCCUUGUUUGGGGGAUUAUAGAUGUUCAUGGGAUCAGAUCCCUGUCCACAUCACAUCAUGGCCUCCCCGAGGGUCAUGCCGCAGAUCAAGAGCAGAGGCCAACUAGUCCCCUGCCUAGCUUGCCGAAGGGUGAAUUCAUCGGUGUACUUUGAAAGGGGAAGCGCCUCACUGCUGAGGAAGAAACCUAGGUUGGCGAGGGUACAUCGCAUUGCUGAUCCACCUGUGCCCAUUGUGCCACGGUCCCCCACAUCAGAUGUAGCAUCAUCCAGAGUUGGGGACAAUACAGGCAUGCGUUCACAGCCUCUAGGUCGAGAGGAGGGCAGGCUAGAGCCUCCUACCCAAAUACCUGAAGCGAGGAGCGUGCCUGAUACAGAGUCGACGCAAUCAGCAAUGCCCAUUCCUGCUGAGAAGGUUACUUCCGCCCAUGUCUCAGGCGGACCUAUGAAGAAGAUGGCUCCUCGUCCUCGGAGGAGGGAGCUUGAAAAGGUUGAUCUAUCUUUUGUUCUGAAGCAUGUGGAAUCAGAAAGCCCACAGCCUGGUGUGGAGGCCCCAAAGGUCCCUUGCGAGGACGUUGUGGGUGAAAAGAUGCCCUUUGAGGUGGAUCCUUCUACCAAACCAAUAUCACCUAAUAUCAGGCGACUGGUGCGAGAAUUGCAGUCAUUGCAAGCCCCUCAGUCAGGGUUGGGAGGCUGUUGAAAGUGUUGGCAUCGAUGGCAGCACUCCAAUUGCCGUUGCACGAGAAGGAGAAACCCCUGCGGAGGUGCUAGAGGAGGUGUGUACUGAACUGGUCCCUGAGGCAGAAGCUACCCUAGAAGGCCCGUCAACCAAUGACGCAGCUAAACCGCCAGUUUCGGGGUUAUAGCAUGCUACCACUAAGAUACAGGAGCCUAUUACGGCCACGAUGCUGACUGAAGCACCGCCUGAGACAAUAGUGCCGAAAGUUCAUCGUGAUGCAAGGGUUAUGACUGUUAAUUCUGUCGAGUUCAAUGUUCCCAUUGGCCCAGGGGUCCAACUUGAAGGUGAAGCCGUGGACUUUGAAUCGGUUUCACCGUCCAAGGCACUGUCUUACGAGGAGGAACUCGCAUUGGUCCGGGGGGAGUUGAAGGAGUACCUUGUCAAAAAUGACAUCGCUCCUCUGGGUUAUGAGACCGUAGAUCCCAUCUGCAUCUAGGGUCUUCGUACAUAUGACAAGUACCCUGUAUCAUGUUCGGUGGCGAAAUUUGCAUCCAUGUUGCCCUCUGCUGCCCUUCCUUCGGUGGUUGUGGGGCCGGCUCUGAACACUAUUGCCGCAAUGAUGGAUUGCAUUAUGAACCAGCCUAGCAACGAGCUCUCAUGGUUAGAAAUUUCUCCAUGGUUGAAAACCUAUGAGUCCUCUAUCAUAGGCUUUCAAAUGGGACAGAUUAAGGAAUGGGUCAUCAUGUUGGCCCAUGUAUUCUAUAAGGCCGGUCUCAAAGGAUCGCCAUCUGUUUUUGGUCGGUCACUGAAGGAUGUGCGCCUUCGUCUUAAAGUGAUCAAGCCCAGUCUCUCAAAGGCUAUUGAGAAGCUAGAAGCCCUCAUGGAGGAGUCUCGACGCCAGAGGAAGAUAGUGCCCGAGUACGAAGCGGAGGCGAAGGAUUUGAUGGACUUCGAAGAGCGGGAACAGGGUGUAGAGAAUAUAGACAACAUGAGGAAAAAUUGGUCCGCCAUGUGAACAUCUGAAAUUAUUCAUUCUCUAAAUCAUUGGAGAUUUUGUAAGGGAAAGAAGAAAUAUAUAAUCCUUGUCUUAUGCUGGUGU